AUGUUUGUGACGUUCCAUGGAACCCACGUGAGCAAGACCUGCCAGCAGAGCUCACUGGAGCAGGGAGACAUCCCAUCAUCCUUUUUGCGCCUGACAAAGCUUGAGAUUCAGAUCCUGCUGAACGAUGUUAAGCAGUCGAUUAACCACAUGCAGGGGACGCUGAACACCAUGCAGGGGCAGUGUAUUGAGUUGCAGACUGCCAUAUCUAAGGUAGUGUCAGAUGAGUCUCAGAUACAGAAGAAUAAGUCUAUGAUGGGAAUGACAAUAUGCUCUAUAUUAUACCUUCAGAUCAUCACACCAGCCGAAGUUGCUGUGCAGAGGGAGGAGAUCGUCCGAGCAUCAGGCCUCAUCCCGUCACAGAGGAAGGGUAUCCUACAAACAGCCAGUGUCCCUUCACAGAGGGAGGGGAUUCUCUCAGCCGCCAGCAUCAAUGCACAGAGGGAGGAGAUCCUACGAUCAUCAGGCCUCAUCCCUGCACGGAGGGAGGGGAUCCUCCAAACAGCCAGUGUCACUGCGCAGAGGGAGGAAAUCGUCCCAAUGGCCAGCGUCCCUGUGCACAGGGAGGGGAUUGUCCCAAGGGCUAGUGUCCCUGCUGAGAGGGAGGAGAUCCUCCGAGCAUCAGGCCUCAUCCCUGCACAGAGGAAGGGGAUCCUCCAAACAGCCAGUGUCCCUGCACAUAGAGAGGGGAUCCUCCGAGCAUCAGGCCUCAUCCCUUCAAAGAGGGAGGGGAUUCUUCCAGCAGCUUCUAUCACUGCGCAGAAGAAUAAGAUCCUCAGAGCAUCACAACUCACCCCUGCACAAAGGAAGUUGAUCCUCCUGAUGACCAGUGUCACUGCGCAGAGAAAGGGAAUCUUCCCAAAGGCCAGCGUCCCUGCGCACAGGGAGUGGAUCGUCCCAAAGGCUGGUGUCCCUGCAGAGAGGGAGGAGAUUCUCCUCACAGCCAGUGUCCCUGUGAAGAAUGAAAACAAUCAUCCACAACCACCUCCCAUCAUCCCCAUGGUGGCACCACUGUGGAAAUGGGAUGGUGGAGCGUGUACUCCACCUGUGGAUUUCUAUUCCAAGAGAAGAGAUGUCCGACUUAGAUAUGUUGAGCAUCCUGCUAUGAUGUCCAUCACCAAGCCGGAACAUUCCGAUGCCAAACCUCAGUUCCAGACUGGCACCCGGCCGGUGGCUGAGCCCGAGACCCCUGCUGUUCACAAUAACAGUGGAGGCUGGCUCAGCUGGGUCUUUGGGAGUGGAAGAGCUAAUAAGAAGGAGGUUCAUCUACCUGAGGACAAAGACAGAUCUAUUGUCUGGGAUCCAACUCUGCACAGAUGGGUUAACAAAACUGAGCCCAAGGCUGAGGUACAUAAUUAA